GCCCCCGCCUUCCGCUUCCCCGCGCGACGCCCCUCGGGGCUUGUAGUCCCCCUGCGCUAUUCACGACGGCCUGUGCGCCGCUUUCACGUCGUAGCGCCCGGAGGCCGGGAUGGGGCGAUACGCCACGGCGGCGGCGUAAGGGCGGGUUCUGGGACUCCGGGGCAGGCCGGGCCGGCGGCGGAGCGGGAGGAAGCGGCGGCGGAGCAGCCGGGAGGGAGCGGGUGGAAGUUGCUCUGCCCGGGGCAAAGUGUGGGGCAGCAGCGCGGCUCCUCCAUCCCCAGGCAGUGUGCCCCUCCUGUCAUUCCUACAUUCACAUCCAUACCCCUUUGGAGAUCCUGUCCUGCUGCUGUCCAGAAUCCUCCUUGUUGAGAUCCUGCAGUGCUCCAGAGGUGUUGCGUUACCUGGGAUGGCGACAGCUCUACCAGGAUGCUAAGCAGGGAGCAAGGCCAGUGGUGGGAACAGAACUAAAAAGUCAACACCAAAGGUUCUGAAACCACGAGGAGAGGAUUGGAGUUGACCCACAAGCAGACUGGUUCCUAUCUCCCGCCGGGACCGAGCUCCAGUCCGGGAUGCUGCAGGAGGCACGGACACUUCGGUGCGCUGCAUUCAAUUGGAUGCUGAGCGAAUGACCAAAGAUGCAAGCCUGGUGCAGCAGCUGCUCCUCCUAGCAGGCUCAGUGUGCUAGAGGCCAUCUAGCAUGUUUCUCCACCCUGGCCGCUCCGCUGGUGCCAACAGCAGCCGCUCCAUUCCAGGAACACCCGGGUGACUUCACACCAGCCGGGCAUUGGACCUGCAGAGCAGAAACCCUACUGGUGCUUCUGGAGCAGCUGGUCCAGAGAUCUGCUCUUUGAGAGGCUGGCACAGCCUCAGACAGGAAGAUCUGCUGUUUACCAAUCAACACUCUGCUAACCGACCUCCCUUUCUCCAGUGUGUCAGGAUCUUUGCAGCAGCCCAUGCCGCAGCACCUCGCCUAUUCCACCUGAACUGCCAUGCCACUGGCUUGGACCUAACCUAGGAUAAAUCUCGGCGUGGCCUGGGUUAGGGGGAACCAUGGGGAGCUCUGCCUCAUCGCUGGCCGCAGAGACGGAGUCGGACCAUGGCUUCAGUAGCCCACCCUACCCCGGGCACCCAGCCGUGAGCUGGUAUAGGAGUAGUCACAGUGGCCCUGUUUGGGAAAGUGCCCUUAUAACACGGCAGCAUCAGCAUUUACACCACCGGGUGCGAAGCCAUUCCCACUCUCCUGGCUCCAUGGCUGCUGUCCGCGAGUGGUCCUGCACCCGCUGCACCUUUCUGAACCCCGUUGGCCAGCGGCAGUGCUCCAUAUGUGAAGCCCCCCGCCAGAAGCCUGACCUCAACCACAUCUUGCGCCUCAGUGUGGAGGAGCAGAAAUGGGCUUGUGCCCGCUGCACCUUCAGGAACUUUCUGGGCAAGGAAACCUGUGAGGUAUGUGGCUUCACCCCGGAGCCAGGACCCAGUGGCUCCCCCUUGCCCGUCAUCAAUGGCAUCUUGCCCAAGCCCACCGUGCUUGUGGAGCCCAAGGGCACAUCCAAGGAGGAGGCUGCCAAGGCAGAAAGCAGCAGCGAGGACUCGGAGGGGAAGAGCCCUGAUGAAGCGGAGCUGGAGAGUGGCUGGGCUUGCCAGCGCUGCACUCUGCACAACACACCUGUGGCCAGCUCCUGCUCUGCCUGUGGUGGCCCACGCAAGCUCUCACUGCCCAAGAUACCCCCAGAGGCGCUGGUCGUCCCUGAAGUCAUCACCCCUGCUGGGUUUCACAUGGCCCCUUCUACCCCCCAGCCUUUAGUCCCUGCAGAGAUCUCUGACAGUGAUGCUGUGGCCACCCAGGGCCCAGUAGCUAUGGAACAAGAGGGCCAGAAGGUACCAACCUUCGGACCCUUCUCCCCAGGGCUGCAGAACAAUCCCGUCCCACGGAGCCGCCGGGAGGUACCCCCCCACCUGCAGAUGCCAGGUGCCGAAGCUCCCCAGCCCGUGGCUCAGGGUGCAGCGGGGCAGAAGGGCUCUCCCCAGGGUCAGGCCAGAGCUGCCCCUGCUGCUGCCCGCUUCCAGGAUCUGCUGUCCAACAAGCGGCUGGGUGUGCUGGAGGAGGAGAUGGAGGUCAGUCCUUCCCAUUGGAAGUGCAGCUCCUGCUCUCUGCUUAACUCUGCCGGGGCUGGUAAAUGUGAGGCUUGCAGCGCACAGAAGGGCAGUGACACCAUCAAUCUGGCAGGGGACUCAGUGAGGUUUACCCCGUGCAGCCCCUCCAGCCCAGACUUCACCACGUGGUCCUGUUCCAAGUGCACCCUCAAGAACCCCACGGUGGCCCAGAAGUGCAAAGCCUGUGGCUCCUCCAAGCUGCAUGGCUUCCAGGAGCAUGGCACACAGGGCGAGCCAUCCCCACGCUGCCCUGACUGCGGCACUGGCGACAAGGGCAGCUGCUGCUCCUCGUCCUGCGGCGGCAGGGCCCCUUCUGCGCGCAAGGUCGCCCGUCUCUUCCCGUCCCAGCUGCCCUCCAGCCAGGAGAGGCCGGGCCAGUGGGCAUGCCCCGCCUGCACCUUGCUCAAUGAGCUGAAGGCCAAGCACUGCGUAGCCUGCCAUACCCCGCAGCAGUACGUGGCCCAGCGCAAGGGCCUCAAGCCCCUCAAGAGACGGGAGAGCAUGCACGUGGAGAAGAGGCGGCAGACGGAUGAGGGGGAGGCCAAAGCCCUGUGGGAAAACAUUGUGACCUUCUGCCGGGAGAACAAAGUCAAUUUUGUAGAUGACAGUUUUCACCCUGGGCCCAAGUCCGUGGGAUUCCCAGAAGGCGACAGUGUGCAGCAGAGAGUGAAACAGUGGCUGCGACCCCAUGAAAUCAACUGUAGCAUCUUCAAGGACCGGUCGGUGAAGUGGUCAGUGUUUCGGACACCCAGGCCCUCAGAUAUCCUGCAGGGACUGCUGGGAAACUGCUGGUUCCUGAGCGCCCUGGCUGUGCUGGCUGAGCGACCCGAGCUGGUGGAGCGGGUGAUGAUCACCAGGACACUGUGUCCCGAGGGUGCCUACCAGGUGCGGCUGUGCAAGGACGGCACGUGGACCACGGUGCUGGUGGAUGACAUGCUGCCUUGCGAUGAGUGCGGGUUCCUCCUCUUCUCGCAGGCUCAGAGGAAGCAGCUGUGGGUCGCCCUCAUUGAGAAGGCUCUGGCCAAGCUCCAUGGUUCGUACUUUGCCCUCCAGGCGGGGCGUGCUAUUGAAGGCCUGGCUACACUAACGGGUGCGCCCUGCGAGAGCCUGAUGCUGCAGGUCAGCUCCACUAACCCUCGUGAGGAGCCCAUUGACACUGACCUCAUCUGGGCCAAAAUGCUGAGUUCUAAGGAGGCUGGGUUCCUCAUGGGCGCAUCCUGUGGAGGAGGCAACAUGAAGGUGGAUGAUGUGGCCUACGAGAGUAUGGGUCUCCGUCCACGGCAUGCAUACUCCAUCCUGGAUGUGCGGGAUGUCCAGGGCUUCAGGUUACUGCGGCUCCGAAACCCCUGGGGCCGCUUCUCCUGGAACGGGAGCUGGUCCGAUGAGUGGCCACACUGGCCGACUCCACUGCGGCACGACCUGAUGCCCCAUGGCAGCAGUGAAGGUGUCUUCUGGAUGGAGUACAGCGACUUCAUCAAGUAUUUUGACUCAGUGGAUAUCUGCAAACUCCAUUCGGACUGGCACGAGGUGCGUGUGCAGGGCAUGUUCCCCAACAAAGCCAGUGGGCCGGUGACAGUGACAUCGCUGACGGUGUUGGAGCGAGCUGCCCUGGAGUUCGCCCUCUUCCAGGAGGGCAGCAGGCGAUCGGAUGCAGUGGACAGCCACUUGCUAGACCUGUGCAUCAUGGUGUUCCGGGCCACCUUCACCAGCGGGAACAAGCUGAGCCUGGGCCGGCUGAUGGCUCACAGCAAACGGGCUGUCAAGAAGUUCGUCAACUGCGAUGUUAUGCUGGAGCCGGGCGAGUAUGCUGUGGUGUGCUGUGCUUUCAACCACUGGAACACUGCCCUGCCAGGCCCCAGCGCUCUCCAGGCAUCCAGUCCCACCAGCAGCCGACCAGCCACUGAUUAUUCCAGCUAUAUCCUGGCAAUCUACAGCUCUCGGCUGGUGAUGGUGGAGCAGGUGGAGGCGCAGCCCACCACUUUGGCAGAUGCCAUCAUCCUGCUGACUGAGAACAAGGGCGAGCGCCAUGAGGGCCGCGAGGGGAUGACCUGCUACUACUUGACGCAUGGCUGGGCAGGGCUCAUCGUGGUGGUGGAGAACCGGCACCCCAAGUCCUACCUGCAUGUCCAGUGUGACUGCACAGACAGCUUCAACGUCGUCUCCACACGCGGGAGCCUCAAAACGCAGGACAGCGUUCCCCCCUUGCACAGGCAAGUGUUGGUGAUCCUCUCCCAGCUGGAGGGUAACGCUGGCUUCUCCAUCACCCACCGCCUGGCGCACCGCAAAGCCACCCAGGCCUUCCUCAAUGACUGGAUGUUGACGAAGGGCACCCACAACCCGCUGCUCACACCUGAGGUUGCAGGACUCCAUGGCCCCCGGCCCCUAUGACGAAGCGCCUCCCACUCCCUGCUCCAUUCCCCCCUUCUCUGCACCGAGCCUCUGGCCUGGGGUCACACCUGCUGUCAGUGCUGUGGGGCAGAGCCAGAGCAUCAACGCCCAGCACUUGGCUUGCGCACAGGGCCAGGACCAGCUCUGCCUACUGCCCCCCCGGCCCUGGCACCUCUGGACCCCUGUGCACUGGAUGAGGAGCUGUGGGCAUGGGGCCAUCUCAGGAUCCCUCCUGCCCCAAACCUGCCCUGGGACUAGUGCCCUCUGCCUGCAGCAGGGGGCUGUGGGAGAGGGGGGGCUGGAGAUUGCUGUCAAGGCCCUUCCCAGGCACCGCGCUCAGGACUCUGCCCCCUCCCGCGGUGCCAGGGCGCUGGCACUGCAAAAAUAAGAAUAUACCUCUGAUGUCUGUC